GCGACAAUGAUGAUGAAAUUGAUACUCAAUCAAUUUCAUCUAAUGAAAAUGAUUCUCCUUCAAGGCACAAUAGUUUUACCUCUUCCACUAAUAUCGAUGAAUCAGAAUCAUCCACCAUUACACCAACAGUAAUUGAUGAUGACAGUUCCGAAGUUAACAGUGACAACGAUGCAUCUGAAUUACCCCCCGUUGCACCUCACACAAUGAAAUCUUCAAAAUCUUCUAAGAUUCCAACCAGAUCAUCUGCAGCAAGUUCUAACGCAAUUGAAAUUGAUAGGCCUAUAGUUAAUAACAAUAAUGACAAGUUCGAAUUAUCUGCCACUACCCCAACAAGUUCUGAUGGAAUUGAAGUUGAUGACCGUAUUAAUGCUCAAUCAUCAGGUUUACCAUUAUCUCCAGUAGAGCAAAAUGGAAAUAAUACUAGGAAAAAAAGACCAUCCGGAGUAAAUACUGAAAAGGCUUCUAAGAAACGGGCCAAAACCAAGAGCCGCAAAUAG